AUGAGAGGCAGCGGCAAGGGCGUGGUGGAAGGAUAUGCCUAUGCUGCAGUUGCGCCCGUGACCUUAGGCUACUUGUACACACCACGAGGGUCGCUCAUUGAGUUGUUUGUGAACAGACUGGACUCAGUGGAAUCAGUCCUACCUUACGAAUAUGAUGCUUUUGAUUUCUGUCAAGAUAAGGAAGAAAAAAGACCUUCGGAAAAUCUUGGGCAAGUCCUUUUUGGGGAGAGAAUAGCAUCAUCACCGUACAAGUUCAAGUUUAACAAACCUGAAACAUGCAAGAAAGUUUGUAUAAAAUCGUAUGACCCAGAAAAUGCUAGUGACAGAAAUAAACUGGAGUUUUUGAAGAAGGGAAUGCAGCUGAAUUAUCAACAUCACUGGAUUAUUGAUAAUAUGCCUGUAACAUGGUGUUAUGAUGUGGAAGAUGGACAAAAAUACUGUAAUCCAGGAUUUCCAAUAGGAUGUUAUGUUACUCCAGCUGGUAGAGUUAAAGAUGCUUGCAUUAUCAAUGCUGAGUUUAACAAGAAGAGCACUUUUUACCUCUUUAACCAUGUUGACAUUACCAUCAUGUACCAUAGCGGGAAAGAUGAAAGCUGGCCUGGAGCAAGACUGGUGAUGGCAAAACUAGAACCGAAAAGCUACAAACAUACAGAUAAAGACAACUUAAAUUGUCAAGGUCCUCCCAUGGAGAUCCCCAGAGAUUUCACCAGCAAGCUGGAUCUGAUCUACACUUAUUCUGUGACAUUUGAAGAAAAGAAUAAGAUUAGGUGGGCUUCCAGGUGGGACUACAUUUUGGAGUCUAUGCCACAUACCAACAUUCAGUGGUUUAGCAUAAUGAAUUCCCUUGUAAUUGUUCUUUUCUUAUCUGGCAUGGUGGCUAUGAUCAUACUGAGGACUCUUCAUAAAGAUAUUGCAAGAUACAACCAGAUUGACUCUUCUGAAGAUGCCCAAGAGGAAUUUGGUUGGAAGUUGGUUCAUGGAGAUGUAUUUAGACCUCCAAGGAAGGGAAUGCUGUUAUCUGUCUUCCUGGGUCAAGGAACACAAAUUUUCAUUAUGACCUUUAUUACUCUAUUUCUAGCUUGUCUUGGUUUUCUUUCUCCUGCCAACCGGGGAGCUUUGAUGACUUGUGCGGUUGUCCUGUGGGUCUUACUUGGAACUCCAGCUGGUUAUGUGUCUGCUCGAAUGUACAAGACAUUUAGAGGUGAAAAGUGGAAGACGAACGUUUUGCUGACAGCUCUGCUGUGCCCUGGAAUUGUCUUUGCCGAUUUCUUCAUUAUGAAUCUCAUUCUCUGGGUGAAGGGAUCAUCGGCUGCUAUCCCCUUUGGCACGCUGGUUGCUAUCCUGGCCAUGUGGUUUGGAAUUUCUGUCCCGCUAACCUUUGUUGGUGCAUAUUUUGGAUUCAAAGAGAAGCCUAUUGAACACCCAGUUCGCACAAACCAGAUUCCACGGCAAAUCCCGGAGCAGUCCUUUUUCACAAAGCCGCUGCCUGGGAUCAUCAUGGGGGGCAUCUUGCCAUUUGGUUGUAUCUUUAUUCAACUUUUUUUCAUUCUAAACAGCAUUUGGUCCCAUCAAAUGUACUACAUGUUUGGUUUCCUGUUCUUAGUAUUUAUAAUUCUUCUGAUUACGUGUUCUGAGGCUACGGUCUUGCUGUGCUAUUUCCAUCUAUGUGCAGAGGAUUAUCACUGGUGGUGGAGAUCAUUCUUAACAAGCAGCUUUACUGCAGUUUAUCUUUUUAUCUAUGCAAUUCAUUACUUCUUCUCUAAACUCCAGAUAACAGGAAAUGCUAGCACCAUUUUAUACUUUGGGUAUACUAUGAUCAUGGUCCUGAUUUUUUUCCUUUUCACAGGGACUAUUGGAUUUUUUGCCUGCUUCUGGUUUGUUAGUAAGAUUUACAGUGUUGUGAAAGUGGACUGAAGAAUUUCAAAGUGUCUUUGGAACAUAUCUCCCUUGCUGUUUGAUAUUUUUUUACCAUGUAUUGAGAAGCAUACUGUGUAAUUAUUUUAAGAUGUAAAAGCUAAGCAGCUGUCUGGAUAGCAUAAGAUACAGGUUUUUAUGGAAGGAAACAGCAGCAGUGGAAAACACACCAGUCAGAUUCUUCUUGAAAAUGUUCAUUCUAAUCACUUUUGAAAAAAUACUGUAUCCAGAUUUGAUUUAAAACAAAUAAAAGAAUGAUGCCAUGAAACCACUUCCUUUAAAAUAGUGCAUUUAUACAGUUUUGCAGCUGAGAUUUCUGGUGACUCUUACCCCCCCCUGUUGGUUACCAGUUGUACCAUUGAAGCAUAGGACUGUCAAUCAAAUCUUAUGUAAAAUGUGAAAUUUUUUAACUUAAACUCUGUAUAUAGUAUUCAGCACCUUCCUGACAGCUAUUUGAGCAUCUUACAAAUGUACAUGCAUUUAGUGUAAUGUAGACUUUAUUAAAAAUAUCAGCGCUGGUUUUUGUUCAAAUAAAGUUGCACAAAUCCAGCUGA